UUUGAUGGUGGAGGAUGGAUCCAUAGUUUUAUUUGUAGAAAGAGAGGUGAAAAGUUAAAUUUACAAAAAUACAAGUAGCAAUUAGUAUAAAUAACCCCCAUUACUCAUCCCCACACACACAGCCCUUCAGCGCAGAGCUCAGGAUUCUCUCGCAAUGAGGCCGAUGAACGGAUUCCACGUCACAGGCGCCGCCGCCGCGGCGCCGCCGUCGUCGACGAUCCACCGCCCCACCAGCCUUCCGCACUCGGCGUGGCACUCCCCCGUCCCGUACCUCUUCGGCGGGCUCGCCGCGAUGCUCGGCCUCAUCGCCUUCGCGCUCCUCAUCCUCGCCUGCUCCUACUGGAAGCUCUCCGGCUACCUCGACGCCGACGACGGAAGAGACGCCUCCGCGGACUCGGAGGCCGCCGGCGGCGGCGACGCCCUCGUGAAGCCUUCGCCCCCGGAGAGCUUCGUCGUCAUCAUGGCCGGCGACUGCAAGCCCACCUUCCUCGCCACCCCCGCCGCUGGAGGCUCCGCCGCGUCUUCUUUCAACGGCAGAAGCGGAGAGGCAGGGGAGGCCGCCGCCGCCCUGGCGGACGCGAAGAAGACGGCGGAGAGCGCGGUGAGCUCACGGGGCGGUGACGCGACCCAAGGCAGCCGAUCGAGCGAUUGAUUUAGUUUUCCACGUAUACAAAUAUUUCCCCCCUUCCUUCCGAAUUGUAUAAUUUUAUAAACUUUAGAGUCUUUUCUGAAUUGCGAGCACAAAUUUGCUCUCAAAUUAAUCUUUAAA